AUGGCGUCCUACCGGUCGCAGGCCGAUCGCCCUGCUGAGGGCGGCCGCGGCGAGGAGGCGGAGGGGGUUGGAGCUCUCGCCGCGGCUCUCCUGGGCCGCCUGCAGCAGCAGGCCAGGCCGUCCGUGGCGCCCCUGACGACGCCGGUCCAGAGGCUCGCCAGCGGGCCCUGGGGGGUGCGUUCGAGGCUCGACUUCAAGGUUUCAGGUUUUUCGUCCGCUUUGGCCCCCGAGUGCCUUGUUUCGGCCCCGGGGCCAUCGGGAACGGAUUUGGGGCGAAGAGCUGCGUCGGAUGGAUCUCCUGAAGGGGCACACAAAUGGAUUCUGAGUCUAGGUGCGCGACGCCUCAAGGGCAGUGCAGGGAGGAAGUGAUACGGGG